UUCAACAAUGGCCAUCACUGACAUCCUCUCUGCUAAAGAUAUUGAAUCUGCUCUCUCCAGCUGCCAGGCUGAUGAUUCCUUCAACUACAAGUCUUUCUUCUCCAUGGUUGGUUUAUCCAGCAAAACUCCUGAUCAGAUAAAGAAAGUUUUUGGAAUCCUUGAUCAGGACAAGAGUGGUUUCAUUGAAGAAGAGGAACUGCAGCUGUUCCUGAAGAAUUUCUCUUCAAAUGCCAGAGCCCUCACCUCGGCAGAGACCAAGGCUUUUCUGGCUGCAGGAGACUCUGAUGGUGAUGGCAAAAUUGGAGUGGAAGAAUUCCAGUCUCUGGUGAAGGCAUAAACAGCAUUAAGACCAAAGACAACCUUGGACUGACUCUGCCAAUUACCUCGUCCAGCAAGCACUUCCCACUCAGCGUGUGUUCGUACAUUUUUAUAUUGUUUCAGGCAUUAACAGUUCCCCACAUGUGAAGUUCACACACCUGAUUGCUGAGAAAACUUGCAAUGUUUUGGUCACAUGGUAUUGUUACAUUUCCAUUGUAAAAAAGGCACUUUGUGAUUUUCCAUCACUGAUAAUGUUGAUAUUGUGGUUGGGAGAGGGGAGAAAACAAUUAAUAAAUCAACUAAACAAAAAGACCCUUGGGGGGGAAAAGCUGUUUUUAAAAAUUUUGUUUAGGUUCUCCAUCCUCAUACUUGAGCAUGCUGACUCACCAGAUACAGUUUUGAUGAUCUUAAAUCAUCUUAAAAAUCAUCAUUUUGAUGAUCUUAAAUUGUCAUUUUAAAUAUGGUAUCAUCUCAGGCUUAAUUGUACUGAUUUAAUUGAGGUUUAUUUCUGAUUAAUUCUCUGAUACUUGAGGAAAAGAAAUGCUGAAAAGAUAGCUAAAAAUAAUUCAUAUUAAGUCCCAACCCUACCAAUAUGAGAAAAAAAAUUAAGACAUUUAAGAGGAGUUCACAUAUAGCUCAAAGUACUGAAUAAGUUGUGGGUAAUUUUCCAAAAUAAAGUAGUAGAUCACAGCGUAAUUGUAUCGC